CAGCCAGCCGCAGAGCUGGAGAGAGAAGAGACGGAGAACGCCGAAGGCCGUGCAAGACCUUCCGGCGUCUGACAUUGGCUUCGCUUGGGAAAAAACCCUUAGGACUACCCCAAAUUGGAAACUCGUUUCAGUGGAAACUGCGAUGCAGGAUGGCCCAUGGGCCUGGAUGAAGAAAACGAGCCUUUCUUCAAUUUUAGCUAUCAGGGAUUGCUUAAGAUUUUAUCCUGAUGGCUGACUCCCAACCACUCUUCUCCCUUGACUGGGACCCCGUGGCUGCAGAAGCCUUGCUCCGGGACGUGUUUGGGAUUGUUGUGGAUGAAGUCAUUUGGAAAGGGACCAGUGCCACUGAGAAGGUCUGCGAGUGGAAGGAGCCAGAGGAGCUGAAGCAGCUGCUGGAUUUGGAGCUGCAGAGCCAGGGGGAGUCACAGGAGCAAAUCCUGGAGCGGUGCCGGGCUGUGAUCCGCUACAGUGUGAAGACCUGUCACCCUCGUUUCUUCAACCAGCUCUUCUCCGGGUUGGAUCCUCAUGCUCUGGCCGGGCGCAUCGUCACUGAGAGCCUGAACACCAGCCAGUACACUUAUGAAAUCGCCCCUGUGUUUGUACUCAUGGAAGAAGAAGUGCUAAAGAAACUUCGGGUGCUGGUGGGCUGGAGCUCUGGGGAUGGGGUCUUCUGCCCUGGUGGCUCCAUCGCCAACAUGUAUGCCAUGAACCUGGCCCGCUAUCAGCGCUACCCGGAUUGCAAGCAGAAGGGCCUCCGGGCACUGCCACCCCUGGCCCUCUUUGCAACAAAGGAGUGUCACUACUCCAUCAAAAAAGGAGCUGCUUUCCUGGGACUUGGCACUGACAGUGUCCGAGUGGUCAAGGCAGAUGAGAGAGGGAAGAUGAUCCCUGAGGAUCUGGAGAGGCAGAUCUGUCUGGCCAAGGCUGAGGGUGCUGUGCCAUUUCUGGUCAGUGCCACUUCUGGCACUACUGUUCUGGGAGCUUUUGACCCCCUGGAAGCAGUUGCUGACGUGUGCCAGCGUCAUGGGCUGUGGCUGCACGUGGACGCUGCCUGGGGUGGAAGUGUCCUGCUAUCGCAGACACAUAGACAUCUCCUGGAUGGGAUCCAGAGGGCUGACUCGGUGGCCUGGAAUCCCCACAAGCUCCUCACAGCAGGCCUGCAGUGCUCAGUUCUUCUUCUCCGGGAUACCACGAAUCUGCUCAAGCGCUGCCACGGGUCCCAGGCCAGCUACCUCUUCCAGCAGGACAAAUUCUAUGAUGUGGCCCUGGACACGGGAGACAAGGUGGUGCAGUGUGGCCGCCAUGUGGACUGUCUGAAGCUGUGGCUCAUGUGGAAGGCACAGGGGGCGCAAGGGCUGGAGCGGCGAGUCGACCAGGCCUUUGCCCUUGCCCGUUACCUGGUGGAGGAAAUGAAGAAGCGGGAAGGAUUUGAAUUGGUCAUGGAGCCUGAGUUUGUCAAUGUGUGUUUCUGGUUCCUGCCCCCGAGCCUGCGGGGCAAGAAGGAGAGUCUGGAUUACAGUGAGAGGCUGGCUAAGGUGGCCCCAGUACUCAAGGAGCGCAUGGUGAAGGAGGGCUCCAUGAUGAUUGGUUACCAGCCCCAUGGGACCCGGGGCAACUUUUUCCGCAUGAUCGUGGCCAACCCUGCACUGACCCGGGCUGAUAUGGACUUCCUCCUCAAUGAGCUGGAACGGCUAGGCCAGGACCUCUGAGUUUCCGCUUUCUCAUGGUUGGCCUUGGCAGCCCCCUCACCCUCACUGGCUUCGUGUAUUCCCUCCCUGUGUUCUCAAGACCAAUCUUUUUAGAAAACAGAAUGGCUGUAACAAUGUUUAUAUCCUUUGACCCACUGACUCUCCUAUUAAGUAUUUGAUAUUAGGAGAAUGUUUAAUAAACUAUAGUAUAUCCUUAUGAUGGAAUUUUAGUCUGCCUUUAGAAUUAUGUUUAAAAAGAGAAUUUUUAUUGCUAUGAGAAAAAUAAUUUUAAUAAAAUAUGUUGAAAAAUCUGGAUAUAGUACUUUAUAUAGAGUAAUAUCUGAACUAUAUUUAAAAAUACGUAGAAAAAGAGCGAUGAAAUAUGCCAAAAU